GAAUACGUCCACCUCCAGCUGACUGACCGUCUGAAUAGGAGGAAUCUCAUUUAGGAAGAGAAGAAUGUAUCAAUCUAGCAGAUCGUAUUAGUUUAUUAGGUCAUAUUCUAGGCCGAAAUGGAUAAUGAGGAGCAAGAGCUGGCCCAGAUGGCAGACUUGGUUCAUAUUGAGAUCGGGAGGAGGGAAAAACGUCCGCUUUGUAAUCGCUGUAGUCGGCCUGUUGGUGUUUGCUGGUGUUCAAGCUUAGGCUGCAGCAGAGUCCAGACAUCUUGUCGCGUUGUCAUCCUUCAACACCCACAUGAAGAAAAACGCUGUCUUCGCACAGCCCCUAUUCUGCAAGCGGGUCUGCCUCAGGGUGCCUAUGUGGAAGCCAAGGGGAAAAGGUUCUCAUUCACAAGGUUCCCUCACUUAGAAGAAAUUCUGACGAACGAGAAUUCUAUAUUGAUGUAUCCUGGGGAAAAGGCUCUAGAUCUGGAAUCACUUUUGCCAGUAGGCAACGACCAGCCAUCGUACAAUAUUAUAAUCAUAGACGGAACCUGGCAGCAAGCAAAGUCUAUAUAUCACAAUUGUCGACAUCUUCACUCACUUCGUCAGGUCAAAUUAUCAGGAAAAUACAUAAGCGAAUAUGUCAUACGCACUCAGCCAACUGAAGAUGCUCUUUCAACAGUUGAAACUGCAGCUAUAGCAUUAGCAACACUGGAGAACAACUGGUCUAUUUAUGAUACACUUGUUCAGCCCUUGCAACUACUUUGUCAAUAUCAGAUGAAUCAUGGAGCAGUACCCCAUCAGAGCAAAGAACACAUGAUUGUUUCCGGACGCUACAAGAAGCCCCUUGGUAAACGGACAUACAAAAAGUUAAGGAAAUGCGGAGCAAAGCAGGAUGAGUCACUUUCCGAUUUCUUGGAGUCACUGAAUGUGGCUGAUAGUCAAAAGGAAGAAAGCUCAGAUCUUGAUGUGUUAGGUAAUGGGGAAGAAGCAAAUGAAAGAGAGUCGAACAAUCGUCCCAAGAAUGUCUCAUCAGUGUUAACGGAGAAGGAAGGUUUCCCUUCUGAACAGGAAGAGUGUUCAAGUGAGAUAUCAGACACAUCCUCUAGAAGUAAAAGUAAUGACACCAGAGGUUCUGAAGAGGGCAACAAUGAAAUCAAUUCCAUUGACGAUAUCAGAUGAUAUAGCUCCGGUAUUAACGGAAUAUUUAGGCUUUUUGUCGCUAGAAGAAAUUUAUAUGUCGGGGAAUUUCCAUUUUCUGUUAACAGUUUACAUAAGCAACUUUGUCAUGCCAGUUGACAUCAUCUUCAGUGGGUUAAGUUUAUUUAUUUAAUAACUUGAAAAUAUGCAGCUUCAUAUAUACAGUAAUAUCUCGUACUUCGAAUUUAAUCUGUUCCAGAAGGCUGUUCGAAUUACGAUUGGUUCGAAAUAUGAAACAAAUAUCCCCAUAAGAAAUAAAAGGGAAUCAGGAUAAUUUGUUCCAACCAACCCAGAAAGUCCCCCUUUUUACAUUUUUUUCUAUUAUUAUUGUGUUCAAAGGUUAAAUUAAGUGUGUAAAGUAAUGAAACAGCAUGUUAUAUGAUUUUUUUUUUUUUUAUGAUUUACGAUCUGUUUGGUAAAAAUGGCGUCGGCUGGCCAGAGGAUGGAGGGAGGAGAGACGGGAACCCUUUGAGCAAACUGAACUGGUUGCAGUAUGCAAAGGUUGAUAAUAAAAUCAAUUUUAUUCUCAUAUUAGGUACAAGAAUAAUCAAAGGAAUCAAUAGUGUGUGUGUCCGAUUGUGUCUGAAAGAGAUCUUACUGUACCUUACAGACCUUACAGCUCGUUCGGGUUUCUCCAGGUCCCUCAGUGCGACGCACCUCUAAUGUCUACCAGAGAAUUGCUAAUGCAUCUUCCGGUAUAUUUUGCAUCUUCCAAUCUUGAAUGGUCUGGGAUGCAGCUUAGAUAUUUGUCGAGCUUAUUCUUAAACACAUCUACGCUCACUCCUAAUACAUUCCUCGGAUGAGCUGGCAACGCAUUGAAUAGACGCUGCAUUAUCGAUGCUGGUGCGUAGUGGAUUAAUGUCCUGUGUGCUUUCCUUAUUUUUCCUGGUAUAGUUUUGGGCACUAUUAAUCUACCUCUGCUUGCUCUUUCUGAUAUUUUUAGCUCCAUGAUAUUUUCAGCAAUUCCUUCUAUCUGUUUCCAUGCCUGUAUUAUCAUGUAGCAUUCUCUUCUCCUUUCUAGACUAUAUAAUUUUAAAAACUGUAGUCUUUCCCAGUAGUCAAGAUCCUUACCUUCUUCUAUUCUAGCUGUAAAGGACCUUUGUACACUCUAUUUGUGCAAUAUCCUUUUGAUAGUGUGGGUACCAUAUCAUAUUGCAAUAUUCAAGUGGACUACGUACAUAUGCUUUAUAAAGCAUAAUCAUGUGUUCGGCUUUUCUUUUUUGUUUUGAAGUGCUGUAACAACAUUCCCAUUUUUGCUUUGCAUUUUGCCAAUAGUAAUGCUAUUUGAUCAUUGCAUAACAGUUUCCUAUUCAACAUCACACCAAGGUCGUUAACUGCUUCCUUAUUUGUGAUUGUUUCAUUAUUAGGUCCCGUAUAUGCAUAUUGCAUUCCGUCUUUAUCUCCAUAAUUUAUUAAUUCAAAUUUGUCAAAGUUAAAUACCAUCCUAUUUAUCUCUGCCCAUUCAUAUAUUUUGUUAAGGUCUCUUUGUAGCGAGUUCCUAUCUUCAUCACAAGUAAUUUCUCUUCUUAUUCUUGUGUCAUCAGCAAAACUACUCACUACCAUGUCCUUAACAUUACUAUGUUUGCAAUCAUAAUAACAAAUAAUAAUGCAGCUAACACCGUUGCUUGUGGCACACCGGAUACCUUAGCUUUAUCCGAUUUCUCAUCGUUUGCAAUCACUUUAUUUUCUGUUUUGUAAAAAUUCUUUUUUCUAUCUUCCUACGUUGGCCAAUAUAUUGUUUUCUAAUUUUCUUUGCUAAUACAUUAUGGUCUACCUUAUCAAAAGCUUUUGCAAAGUCUAGGUAAACCCCAUCUGUUUCUUUUCCGUUUUAUCAUAUUUUUAUAUAUGUUCUCACAGUCAGUGGACUAACAGUCGGGUUUGUGUACUUUUUCCGGGUACAAAACCAUGUUAUCCUAUAUUAAACAAAUUAUUUCUCAUUAAAUGUUUCAUAGUAUUUUUCUUCAUUACCCUUUCAUAAUAUAUGAUGUUAGACUCAGAGGCCUAUAAUUAUUUGCCUCUAAUGUUGAUCCACUUUUGAAAGUAGGGGCAAUAUACUAUGCUAAUUUAUGUUCAUAAAUCUUGCCUGUAUCUACACUUUGGCUUAAUAAUACUGCAAGCAGCUUUGCAAUAGAAUGAACUACUUUCUUUAACAAAAUGGCAGGAACACCAUCUGGUCCAGCCGCUGAUCCAUUUUUAAUUUCAUUAAUAGCCUGCACAAUAUAGGCUUCAUUAAUAUCUGUCUAAUAAAUAUUUACUAUUUUCAUCUCUUACUUCUGUCAUUAUUUUAAUUUUCAAUUCUAGGGUAAAUUCUCUUUUAUAUCUUUUUACUAAUAUGUUGCAUAUUUCCUUUUUUUUCAUUUGUUAAUCUCCCUUCAUUUCUUAGAGGGCCUAUUUCUACUCUUCUUUAAUUCAUCUUUUUUGCAUAUGAGUACAAUAGUUUGGGGUUUUGCUUGAUAUUUUCUAGGGUCUUUUCUUCUCUUCUAAGUCCCAUUUUUCAUUUUCUUUUGAUUGUAAUCUUUUGUUCUGCCUUUUCUAUCUUACUCUUUAGUUCCAUCUUUUUCCAUGCAUUCUUUUCUUUUGCAAGACCUUUUUUCCACUUUCUGAUUAUCUGGAACAAGAUCCUCCUGUCUCUUGAUAUGAAUGACUGAUGUUUACUUUUCUUCUUCGGUAUAUACUUACCCACUAUUUUCUCUAUUUUAUGUAAUAUACCCAUAUUUACCUGUAUAUCAUCACUUACAAAUAUGUUUUCCCCAAUCUUUGUUUAAUUCUUCAUUUAUUUCUGACUAUUUUAUAUUCUUAUUAUAGAAAUUGUAUUUUCCAUAUCUUUGUUUGUAUGGUGUUUUAACGUUGCGUGGAACCAGUGGUCAUUCAGCAACGGGACCAAUGGCUUUACGUGACUUCCAAACCACGUUGAAAGUGAACUUCUAUCACCAGAAAUACACAUCUCUAACACCUAAGUGGAAUGCCCGAGAAUCAAAUUCGUGGCCACCAGGAUGGCAGGCCAAGACCAUACUGAUCAUGCCAGUGAGGCGUUUUUUUCAUAUCCUUCCCACUUUUUCAUCCCUUGUUUAUCUGUUUUCACUUGCUUUGGAUUAGACUGUUAAUUCUAUGACAUUAUGGUCUGAAAUACUUGUACUAUUAUACACUAUUAUUUCUAUAACAUAAUUCACCUUAUUCACAAAUACUAGGUCUAAAGUAUUAUCCUUUUUGUUGGCAGGUGUUAGGGGUCUAUAUAUUACGUUCACUAGUUUUUUAGAUUCAAAUUCUACCGCUAUUAAUUCAUAUUCUGAGUUACUAUAUUUCUCAUAUAUUGUUCCUUGAUUUAUCUCUCUCCCAUAUAUCACAGUUCCCCCUUGAUUCCUAUUUUUUUCUAUCUGUUCUAUGAGUUUGGAACCCCUUUAUCUGAUCAUCAUUACCAGUCUCUUGGGAAUAACAGGUUUCACUUAUAUUCAUUAUAUCUAUUUUUUCAUUUUGGGUUAGUUCUUCUAGGAAUUCUAUUUUUCUUUUUGAGUUAUUCAUAACUAAACCCUGCGCAUUCAUCACUAUGAUGGUUUGUGUGUUAUCCCCAUCAUUUAAUAUGGGUAAUAAUAAGGGUUUUCCCAUGUCUAUUUUCUGUUCUGGUAUGUUUUCUUCAUUUCCAGAAAUUCUGACAUUAAUAAAUGAGUGUGUGUGUAAUCAGUGUGUUCACACUUGGAUCUUAAUUGCAUGAGAGAGAUUAAUUAUACUAGAAUACAAACGGCACUUUUAAAACAAACGUAAUAAGUAAACUUAAGUCAAGAAUGCAUGAUUUGGGCAAAUUAAGUGUAAGUGAAAGAAAUGGGCAAAUAAUCAUCCCAGCACAGUUCUCUCUCUCUCAGCGCACCGAACACUGACUCUAGCAAGUUCUUUUUUUUUUCUUUCUUUUUUAAUGUAUUACAUUUAAUUGUUUUCAUGUUUUAUCACUAUUAAAUUUAUUAUGAAAUAAUUUAUUUUUUUAAGUGAAUUGGUACUGCUUUUACAUACAUUAUAGUAAAGAUUUUACUAUCUUCUCUCCUCAACAAUACCACGACACGCUAACUUAAAUCGUUCAUUCAUUAUUCUUCAAAAGUAUUGUUUGUUUGUAUGGUGUUUUCACGUUGCAUGGAACCAGUGGUUAUUCAGCAACGGGACCAACGGCUUUACGUGACUUCCAAACCACGUCAAGAGCGAACUUCUAUCACCAAAAAUACACAACUCUCACACCUCAAUGGAAUGCCUAAGAAUCAAACUCACAGCCAGCAAGGUGGCAGGCCAAGACCAUACUGAUCACGCCACUGAGGCGCUGUUCCUCAAAAAUAUAAACGCUCCCUCCCUCUACCUCAAGUUAGCUGUAUAUCACCGCAAUGACAAAUGACUAUUAAUUUAUGCUAAAUUUUAUUGUGAAAAGCUUUGUUCUUUCAUUGACUAUUUUGUUAAUAUUGUUCAAAUGGACCGUCUCACUCGGCGCACCGAACACUGGCUCAAUAAGGUGAUUUUUUCAUUUUUUAUCGUUACGUUAAAUUUAUUGGGAAAUUCCAUUUUUAGGUGAAUUGUUAUUGCUUUUACAUAAAUACAGUAAUAUUUUAACUCUCUCUUCUCUCCUCACCAUAUCAACGCUCCCUCGUUCAGUCUCAAGUCUGCUGGCCAUGACAUCACCACGGUUACGUAUGAUUUUAUGCAUCGUUUAUGCUCAGUGUUAUAUUAAAAGCUAAAUUUUAUAUUAAAUACCUUAUACUUUUAUUUUGUUAAAUAUGGUUAUCAUUCAACUAUUAUAUCUUGUAAAUGAAAAAAAUUAUUUAAUACAGUUUAACUUUUAAGACCCAGUAGGGCAUUGAUACAAGUAGUAUGACCUAGUCAGUUGAAAGUACGAGCAUGUGUUCGAAAAAAGAUACAAAAUUUUCUCUAAAAUUUUGUUUGAAAAACGUAAAGUUUUAUAUAAACGUUCAACAAACAAAGUACCACUGUAUCUCAUGCAUAUAUAAAGAGCCAAGUGAAGGAAGUGUGCAUGCUAUAAACUACUGACUCAUGUAUUGUAUUCCUAACUGGACAAACUGAAUAUCCAGAAUGUCCUUUUAAGAGUUCAAAUUGCUUACAGUAUUUAUUUAGCAUAAUCUUCUGGACAGAUGACAGGUAGUGUGCUGUGUACACUUCUACCAUUGCAAUGUAUCUACAAUCUCUCAUAUUUUCACCCUUUGAUAAAUUUUCUCUUUAAUGAUGUUGACUGUACUGAGAUUGUUACUGACGCUUAUAUCAAUCACAGUUUCUCAUUUGCGUAAUAACUCUAAAAAAUGAAUCAAUUAGUGUUAAUGUGCUCUCUCUCAUUGUGUUAUGCACAUUUUCCACAUACAGGUAGUCCCCUGUCAUUGGCAAUCCGGUUUUAUGGCGCUUGUCUAGCGCCGAAAAUUGCCAUAAUGCACCAAUACAUACCUAACAUAAGUGCCAUUAACCGAUUAUCAGCACCAUGAAUCACCAAUUUUCAGCUAUCAGUGAUUUCCGCUUAUCAUCGAGCUGUCUGAAUUGAAGCCCCGCUGAUAACCAGGGACUGCCUGUAUAUAUACUAAUGUGCUCUGAUCAAGCCUUAUUUAGAUGUACAAAUCGGCUGUCGUUUUCUACAAAAGCUUAUCAUUGGUUUUCAUUAGUUUCCCUGCUGUUGUUUGAGUUUUUAUGGAACUCAAAUACAUUUUGUAAAUACUGUACUAUAUAUUAAUUCAAAAGGUUUGUCUUAUGAUGUCAAACACUCGAGUGAUGAUAUACGAUGGGUGUGCUAUUCACCUGGAUGCUGAAAUAUAGUAAAGUUAAAUUUUACUCCAAGCUAUUUUUGUUUGGAAGUUCUGAUCUUUUGAAUUAGUAGUUUUGACAUAAAAUGUCCUAUUGAAGUUAAAUUAUAAAUUAUUAAUUCUAUAUUUUUACUUGUUUACUUAGUGAAAACGAGGGUCUCAUUGCAACAUGAAUUUUUCUUAAAAUACUUAGUGCUUUAAAUUAACAGCACAAUUUUUUCUUAAGAUUGUCCACUGAACAUAUUAGAAAGUCCUGACAAGGCUAUUAUUCCAAAUAAACUGUCAAGAAAAACAAUCUUUUGUGACCAUAUAUUUUCCAUAUACUGUAAUUAGAACCAUACAAGAUAAAAUUGACAUGUUUAAGAAUUAUGUAUUUAAAGCAGAAAGUAAACAAUAAAAAAACAUAAUAAUGAACAAUGCAGUCUACUCUUUAUUUUUUUUUUCUUGUACGUUAGUAACACUGAACAACAACAGGAGGCUUGUCUGAUCAAAUGUACAAAUUCACAGACCAUUAACCACAAGACAGUAGAGCAGCAAUGUAAUACUCUGCAAAACAAUGCAACUGCUAGUGUAAUAAUAAAAGGUUCUAUGCAGC